GAAGCUGUAGGAGGACGGCGGCGGAUAAGGGAACGAUUCACCGAUCAUCUCACGGUAUAUACGGUCAAAAAGGACUCAAUCGCCGACGAAAGCGAGCCAGCCGGCGACUUAAACACGCAAAACUCCAAAGGAGACCAAAAUGGUACUUCUGGCCGCAGCGGUGUGCACCAAGGCCGGUAAAGCCAUCGUGUCGCGCCAGUUCGUGGAGAUGACUCGGACGCGCAUCGAGGGUUUGCUGGCCGCCUUCCCCAAGCUGAUGAACACGGGCAAGCAGCACACCUUCGUGGAAACCGAGAGCGUGCGCUACGUCUACCAGCCGCUGGAGAAGCUCUACAUGGUGCUCAUUACCACCAAAAACAGCAACAUUCUGGAAGACUUGGAGACCCUAAGACUCUUCUCUAGAGUGAUUCCGGAGUACUGCCGAGUGUUGGAGGAGAGCGAGAUCUCCGAGCACUGCUUUGACCUCAUCUUCGCCUUUGAUGAGAUUGUUGCACUGGGUUACCGGGAGAACGUCAACCUGGCCCAGAUCCGCACAUUCACCGAGAUGGACUCGCAUGAGGAGAAGGUCUUCCGAGCCGUCAGAGAGACCCAGGAGCGUGAGGCGAAAGCUGAAAUGCGACGGAAGGCCAAAGAGCUGCAGCAAGCCCGUCGCGAUGCAGAACGUUCCGGAAAGAAGGCUCCCGGCUUCGGUGGCUUUGGCAGCUCCGGUGUGAGCGGAGGCUCCACGUCCAUCAUUUCGGACACGCUUGUAGAGCCGGAAAAGCCUAAGGUGGUGCCUGCUCCCAUCAGGCCAAGUGGCCCAAGUAAGGCUCUGAAGCUGGGUGCCAAGGGCAAGGAGGUGGACAACUUUGUGGACAAACUGAAACUGGAGGGCGAGAACAUCAUCCUGCCCAGCACUGGGAAGAGACCAGAGGCGUCUAAGGCCCUGGCGCCCCCUGUUAAUGUAGAGAGUGUGCACCUGAAGGUCGAGGAGAAGAUAUCCCUUACCUGCGGGCGGGAUGGCGGCCUACAGAAUAUGGAGGUCCUGGGUAUGGUGACCCUCAGGGUGUCAGAUGAGAAGAAUGGGCGAAUCCGGCUUCAUGUCAUCAACAAUGACAAGAAGGGGGUUCAGCUACAGACCCACCCCAAUGUGGACAAGAAGCUCUUCACGGCAGACUCGCUGAUCGGCCUGAAGAAUCCAGAAAAGUCGUUUCCGCUGAACAGUGACGUGGGGGUGCUGAAGUGGAGGCUGCAGAGCGCAGAGGCGGCGCUGGUGCCACUCACCAUAAACUGCUGGCCUUCCGAGACUGGCGAUGGCUGUGACGUGAACAUUGAAUACGAGCUGCAGGAGGAUGGGUUUGAACUCAACGACGUCGUCAUCACCAUCCCUGUCCCGUCAGGAGUGGGAGCACCUGUGAUCGGGGACUUGGACGGCGAGUACCGGCACGACAGUCGGCGCAACAUGCUGGAGUGGUGUCUGCCUGUUGUCGACGGCAACAAUAAAACUGGCAGCCUGGAAUUCAGCGUCGCUGGGCGGCCCAGCGACUUCUUCCCCGUCACAGUCUCCUUCGUCUCUAAGCGCACCUUCUGUGACAUACAGGUCAUGAAAGUGUCUCAGGUGGAUGGAGACAGCCCCGUCAGGUUCUCCUCAGAGACGGCAUUGGUGGUGGACAAAUAUGAGAUCCUUUAGGGAUAUGGACUGAGAGAGCAAGAGAGAUCCUGCUGAGAGAGAUGGUGAUUCACUGACAGCAUGUCAGUGGGACAGAGGCCUUCUGAAGCCCUUUUCACUUCGGCGUACUGUUUCAGUGUAUUUAUACAUUUAUAAGAUGAAUUAUAUUGAAAAAUGAUAUACCCGUACAGAAGGUGUAGAGGAACAGCCCUGGAGCGAACUAUGCCGCAUCAGCAGAGGGUGAACCCAAGGGGCCAUGCAACAUGCAAGGCGGCUCCCUGUUCCUCUAUCCGCACUUAUCCUGUAGCGACAGCAGCCCGCUGUCAUAGUGUCCCGAUUGUUUUGUUCUGUCUUUCUCCCCGGAACCUGCUCCAUCAUCCUCUGUUCUCUGAUUUUCCGAAUCCGUCGGGACCCAGCAGAAAUACCUGUCCUCUCCUGUCCUGGUCCCACCGCUCAGGCCACGUCCGGGACCCCAUGCCGCCAGGCGGGUGCCAGUGGCCUGCCAGGCCCGCAUCCCCGGGCCAUCGCGGGCCGCUUGUCUGCGGCCACCCAGAACAGUGUCUCCUUCAGCUUUCGUGUCUCUCUUCAUUAACUGACAGACUGUGUCAAAUGAGUGCUGAUAAAUCACAUUAUAGUCCUGUUGCUCGUUUGGGGGUUUUAAAUUAAAUGACUGUAUUGUCAUCUUAGAUGCCGCCUGAGUUAAACCUCCAUGCUGGGUUCUCCUGAUCCGGUGUAUUGUAAUAUCUGAUAUCGCUUUACAUUAACCGUACCUUCAUAAUGAAUUCAUUAUAUAUUCAUAGAAUUUUUAAUGCACCUUCAUAAUCCAUCCAUAGAGCAUUCAUAAGCACCAUUAUAUGAUUAUAAUGCUUAUAUGUUUACUAAUAUAUGUUUUACCAUGUCAAGGGAUGUUAUGCUAAGUUAAGGUAUACUUACAUGAUGCUUGUGAAUGUUCUAUGAAUGCAUUAUGAAGGUGCAGUGAGUGUUCUACGACUGCAUUAUUAAGGCAUUGUGAUCUUACAGUUAAUGAAAAGCAUUACCUAAUAUUCCGGUUAAUGUAUCAGAUAUGUCAAUGACUUCGAUGUUUCAGAUGUUGAGUGUAAAACAUUUUUUUCAUUCAUUUGGUUAAUUUUUGCUUUUGGGGAAAACUUUUUUUUUUUUUGCCCAUGAGAUCCCAUGUAGUGUGCAAACCACUGUUCUGAAAUCAGCCGUUGUGUGACUUCAGCUGAACAGCUCUGUGUUGGGUUGGAUCUCUUGUCCUGUGUGUGGAUGUGAUUGUUGAAGGCUAGCAGUGAGCUGUAUGCAACAAUCUGCAUGUUGGAUUUUCCUGGUGCCAAACAUGUUUCAGUUAGGAUCUUAUGGAAAUGAUAAACAUUAAUGUUUAUGUUUAGGCUGCACAGUGGUAAUUCUCCUCUGGGGGGCACUGUUGGCCUGGGCAGGACCAACUGAAGCUGAAGAGGACAUUUGAUAAGCAGCUUUGCUUUUUUUUCAGGGGCAUAACAAAUGUUUAUGUCCACAUACAAGUGUGUAAAAGCAAGGUGUAACUUCACGGCCAGUUGAUUUGCUUCCCCUUUUGGCCAGAGUGCCAUGGGUCACUAUGCACCAUGAUGACUGAGAGAAACAUCCCAGGGAGGGAGAGCCAGUGGCUGGGUCUAUCAAACCAGCACUUCCCCUUCUCACAAUGUAAGUGCAGCAAUUUGAAUACAACGGACAGGUCUGUUCUGAGGUCCCAACUAGAUGAGAGCGAACAGAAAAACAAUCUCUGUUUGGCUUAAUUGAAGGAUGUUUUUGGUCUCCACAAACCUCAAGCCUCUGCUGUCUUACACACAGUUAUACCUUUGGCAGUAAAUUUCACUUUGGUUGAUUCCUGACCCAUUUGCUUUGUUGAAGGUAAUGACAUGUUUUAGUCAUAACUGCAACCCUACAUGGGAGAUGGCGUGGGAAACUAAACCAGUAUGUGUGUGUGUUGUGGGGCAGGGUGGAGGUUUAAAAAAAUGUAACAAUUAAAAGAAAAUGAAUUAAACCUGCAAUGUUCUUUAAUUGAA